AAAAAAGAGAGGAGAAAAUACGGGUAUGGCGACGCGGGAGCGGCCAAAUAGACCAUGAAGCAAACCCGCGUUUCCAUAUUUACCCUCACAACAACCCCAAAUUACAAUUAUCGCAUUCAUUCACCUCAUCGCUUCAACCCGAUCUAAUUUCUACACCGCCGUCGAUGAUCGAUCACCGUUAGCUUCGUCAUCCAAGCUUUGCGCAGUUCCGGUGUCGUCGUUUCGUUUGUGGGAAGAAAACGACGGCGACGACGGUGAAACGCUGCGUUGCGUGAAACGAUAAGAGAAACCGAUGAGGUCCUCUUCUUCGGAUAGGAUCAGCAUCGCUGCCAGUGCUCAGAAACUCGAUGUCGAUAACCGAAUCGCGCUGCGAUUCUACUAUCGCAUCGCCGAUAACAUCCUCCGACAGGCUGAUAUCUUCCGCGCCGAGAAGAAUAUUAUUGACCUAUAUGUUAUGCUUUUAAGAUUUUCUAGUUUGGUGUCUGAGACAAUACCACGUCACCGAGAUUAUAGAUCAUCUCCACAAUGGCAGAAAGAAUCAUUGAAAAAGAAAUUGUUAAUUUCUUUGAAUGAACUGGAGAAAUUGAAACCAGUGGUCCAACAGAAGAUCAAUGAGCUUAACAACAAUAUCGCAUACCAACAAAAUGGGCGUGGAAAUUUUAGUUCAAAUAAUUCACUGGAUUUUUCUCCCAUGAAAAAGCAAACAUCAGCUAGUUAUGGCCAAAUAAAGGCAGCCAGACCUACUAGAACUGGGGAGCUUCUUUUCCAAGGAUCUAGGACCCAACAAUUCUCUUAUGUCAGGCCCGUGGAAGAGCAUGUACGAAGACUAUCUCUAACUCUUCCACCUCCAAAGGAGGAAACUCUCUCUAGACAUUCUAUCCUUGGUCCCAAUGGGUUAAAUGGGCAGUGGAGACCACCUUCCACUGAUAAAUGGAUCAGGUAUCCAAACAACAUUGAUCUGUCUCCUGUUGAAUUGCCAAGCCUACAAAAUCCUUCGGAACAUGAAUCUGUGAGUAAGAAAGAUGAUAGCAUUACGGAACACUAUAAGUCAGAUUUAGAUUCACUUGUUACCCAAAGUGAGGACUGCCAGCCCCACCCUCAGCCUCAACUUCAUGAUCAGGAACCUCCUUCUCUUAUUUCGUUUGAAACAACCGAAACAACUCCUGCAAUAGAGGUUAUCAGGCAGCCUUCUCCUCCACCUGUACUUGCUGAGGUACUAGAUUUGGUCCCUGCAGCAUCACCUUGUGUUCAGGAAGCAGGAUGUAAGGCAGAUAUUUCAUCAACUGAUAGCUGUGUUCAUGCGGAGGCUCCUCUGCAACUGCACAUUUCAACUUCUUUGAUGGAGAGUUUUAUGAAGCUUGCCAAGUCAAAUACAAAAAAGAAUUUAGAGACUUGUGGAGUCCUUGCCGGUAUGCUUAAAAACAGAAAAUUUUAUAUCACUGCCCUUAUAAUCCCAAAGCAGGAGUCAACAUCAGAUUCUUGCCAGACUACAAAUGAAGAGGAAAUAUUUGAAGUGCAGGAUAAACGAUCGCUUUUUCCACUUGGGUGGAUCCAUACACAUCCUACUCAAUCUUGUUUCAUGUCCUCAAUUGAUCUGCACACCCACUACUCCUAUCAGAUUAUGCUGCCAGAAUCUGUUGCAAUAGUCAUGGCGCCAAAAGAUAGUACAAGAAACCAUGGCAUUUUUCGGUUGACCAGCCCCGGUGGAAUGUCUGUGAUUAAACAAUGUGAUCAGCGUGGCUUUCAUCCACACAGUCAACCUCCAGACGGUGGUCCUAUUUACAAGACAUGUACAGACGUAUACAUGAACCCAGAUUUAAAAUUUGAUGUCAUUGAUCUUCGAUAAGAGUUAUUUAUGCCAUCAUUGUUUAUAGACCAAGCUCUCUCCUUUAUACAAAUAGGUUUUACUUUUACCAUUAAUUCAGCUGUGGCCAUAAGGAAUGUCCCGGCCGUGUUUGUAAAAAGAAAUCUUCUUCUCUGGCUGUUUAAUUUUUUAGGCAACACCUUUUUAAGUUUGUAUUGCUGUGCUGCAUGCAUGGCCAUUUCUAUUGAUAUCAAACUUGUGAACAUCCUACCAUUGGUUUCUGCUGACUAUGCUGUUAAAAUGCAUACCGAUUUGUAUAAGUUAUCAUAAGAACUGUUUUUCAUGAGUUCA